AUGGUAUUUGCGUUGCAGCGCGGAGACCGUACUCGGCUGGUUCGAGAAAGCUCUCGGUUGCUUCUUUUGCUUCUCACAUUGCUUUGUUUCAUUUUCACUGUAUGGGCUUUGAUCGGCAGCAAAAGCAGAGGUUGGCUUCGGGAACAACGUGCCAGUACAAGUGGCUGUGCAACUACACUGGCUGCUGCUGUCGAAGAUCUCUCGCGUUAUAACUUACCUCUGGAAACAGAGUUCUCCAAAAUGGUGCUGAACAGAACUCAAACCACUCCGCCAUACUUUUAUGUAACUUUCCACAGCGACUGGGAUGGCCUCGUGUCGCCGGCAAUGCGGGCGAACGGCGGACUGUUUGAUGCGCACAUUCAUCGUCUGUUUGAUUUAUUAUUGUUUCGAGAGAAAGGUGUGCUAGAGCGCUGCAGACAAGGUAGAGAGCUCGUGCUGGACGUCGGCAUGAACUUUGGCGCCUUUGCCCUCUAUGCAGUAAAUCGAGGUUGCCACGUCAUCGCAUUCGAGAUGCAGCCGAAUGUGGCAGUAGCCGUGCUGCUCGCUUCGCAUUUGAACGGAUUCUCCGAACGUCUGCAGAUUGUGCCACAUCCGGUCUGGAGCGAAAGCAACCACACGCUGAUGUAUUACCCUCGAACGGACAAUAUGGGCGGGACGCACGCGAUCCCGUUGUCGCCGGACGCAGCCUUGGAUCAUGCGGUGCAGCUGCGGACGGUUCGUAUCGCCGACUGCGUACCGCUACAAAGUACGAUUCGGUUUAUGAAAUUGGACGUCGAAGGUAGCGAGUAUGAGACGCUCCUUGGAAUGCUGGGUCUCCUGAAGCGGCGAAAGGUUCUCAACUUGGUCAUGGAGCUGCAACCUGAGCCGCUCUACAGCAAAGCUGUACAGCUUUUGUACUCGCUCGGGUAUCAAUGCGUAGAGUUACAGUCGCUGCCGAUCGAUAAAACUCACGACGCGCGAAGCCUGCUUCCUUACUUUAAGAGCAAGCCAGCGACAGAAGCAGACUACUGGCGUGCAUUUAACUUUCACGGAAACGAUUUAUGGUGCAUUCCUUGGUUCAUGGGGAAGGGCAUCCAGCGCUUCUUUGAAGCAAGCCUUAAGAUCCGCCAUCGCUGCUCUAGUACAUAG